AUGCAUCGCGCGGCGACAAGCUUGCAGCAUUCCCUCACUCGCCCCCUAUUCUCUGCGCAGACCUUUCCUUGUCUGCGUUCAUCUAUUCAUCGGCUGUACUCAUCGUCCGUUCUCCCUUCAUCCACGCAAAAAUGGAGAAUUGCUGGAAUGCCCACUCCGCGGUCUAUUCUCGACGAUGAUGAUACUCCUGUUGACCUUACCGAAGAUAGCGAUGCAGUAAAUGGAGUAAGGCCCAAUCAGCCACCACUUCAUCGACGGAAACCCCCACGGGAACCGACACCUGCGCAAUACCAGGCUCAUCGCGAAGUCAUGAAGGAAAAGUUUCCAGACGGUUGGGAGCCGCCGCGUAAACUCUCCCGAGAGGCUAUGGAAGGACUGCGGGACCUUCAUCGAUUCAGUCCAGAGACCUUCACCACGUCUGUGCUUGCAGACAAGUUCAAAAUCAGUUCGGAGGCUGUGAGGAGGAUUUUGAAGAGCAAAUGGCAGCCUCCGAAAGAGAAAAUCGCAAGGCUUGCUAUGCGGGAACGCGGUAUAAGGGAACAGUUCAUCAGAGAGAGGAAGGAGAAAGAGGCCGCGCAGUCACUGGAGCUGCAGUCUCUCAAGCAAGGAUAUGUUUCUGGGCGGGAGAGAGGGAGGAGGGUUAUAGGUGCUCACGCCAAAGACAUGCUGGAGUUCGAUUAG